AUGUGUGGAAUCUACGCUGCGUACAGACAGCCCGAAAUCGAGAAGUUCAAGGGUGUUGCCCUCAAGAACACGAAAAAAAUCAGACACAGAGGUCCAGACUGGUCUGGUAACGUCAUCGCCAACAACACCAUCUUGUGCCAUGAAAGAUUGGCCAUUGUUGGUUUGGACUCCGGUGCCCAGCCCAUCGUGUCCAAGGACGGCCGUUACUCCCUUGCCGUCAACGGUGAGAUCUACAACCACAUCCAGUUGAGAGAGCAGUUCCCCGACUACCCUUACAAGUCUCACUCUGACUGUGAGCCCAUCAUUCCAACUGUCCAGAAGUACGACAUCGAUGCUCCUAAGCACUUGGACGGUAUGUUCGCCUGGGUCUUGUACGACAAGCAGGAGGACCGUAUCUUGGCUGCCAGAGACCCCAUUGGUAUCACCACCUUGUACAUGGGUAAGUCUUCCAAGAACCCUCAGGGCCGUUACUUUGCCUCUGAGUUGAAGUGUCUUGUUGACGAGUGUGACGAAAUCACCGCCUUCCCUCCAGGCCACGUCUACGACUCCAACACCGACCAAAUCACCCGUUACUUCACUCCUACGUGGUGGGACGGUGCCCAGGUUCCUGAGAAGCGUGUGGACUUCAAGGAGGUCAGAGAGAGCUUGGAGUUGGCUGUCAGAAAGAGACUUAUGGCCGAGGUGCCUUACGGUGUCUUGUUGUCUGGUGGUCUUGACUCCUCUUUGAUUGCUUCCAUUGCUGCCAGAGAGACCCAGAAGGCUGCUGCUGCUCUUUCCCAGGACGGUAUCGAUGCCAACAAGGAGCUUUCUGGUGUUGACGCCGACGGCUCCUUGCACUCCCUUGGAUUCACCCGUUUGCACUCUUUUGCCAUUGGUCUCCCCGGUGCUCCAGACUUGAUCGCUGCUGAAAAAGUGGCUCACUUCAUCGGUACCAUCCACCACUCUCACACCUUCACCUUGGAGGAAGGCUUGGACUCCUUGAACGACGUCAUCUACCACUUGGAGACCUACGACGUGACCACCAUCCGUGCCUCCACCCCUAUGUACCUUUUGUCCAGAAAGAUCAAGGCCCAGGGUGUCAAGAUGGUGCUUUCUGGUGAGGGAUCCGACGAGAUCUUCGGCGGUUACUUGUACUUCGCCAACGCUCCUUCUGCCAAGGAGUUCCACGAGGAGUGUGUCAAGAGAGUCAAGAACUUGCACUACGCUGACUGCCUCAGAGCCAACAAGUCCACCAUGGCCUGGGGUCUUGAGGCCAGAGUGCCAUUCUUGGACAAGCAGUUCUUGGAGGUUUGUAUGAACAUCAACCCAGAGGACAAGUUGAUCGACCCCAAGCAGGGCAAGAUCGAAAAGUACAUCUUGAGAAAGGCCUUCGACACUUCUGACGAGCCUGACGUCAAGCCAUACUUGCCUGAGGAGAUCUUGUGGAGACAGAAGGAGCAGUUCUCUGACGGUGUCGGUUACUCUUGGAUCGACGGUUUGAAGGAUGCUGCCGAGGCUGCUGUUACUGACGAGCAGCUUGCCAACCCUAAGCCUGAAUGGGGUGACGACGUUCCAACCACCAAGGAGGCCUACUGGUACCGUUGCAAGUUUGACGAGGUUUUCCACGGUUCCAAGGCUGCCGGUACAACUGUCAUGAGAUGGGUGCCCAAGGCUGAAUGGGGCUGUCACGCUGACCCAUCUGGAAGAUACGCUUCCACUCACGACCACAAGCUCGCUUAA